CCCCCUCUUACUACACCCCCAACAGCAACAGCAACAACACCUAGCAACACAACGUGGGAGCCUCUACGUGAUCGCAUGGCUUGCUCGAAAUAGCAGCUUGGUCUCCCUUAAUAUCUUAAAUAAAGAAUCUGAUGUAGUUUUGCAGUCUUAAAAAGGACGGCAUGGUGACAACUGCCAUGGUUUUCUUUUGCGGUCUUUCCCCGAUUCAGGGUUGAUUUGGUGCUAAACAACAACAACAACAACACAAGCGCCGCCGCCUCCACCACCACCACCACCUCCACCAUUCCGACUCUAUUUACUAACAUCAGUAGCAGCACAAUAACAAAUCUCCCAUGCUGUAACGACCCUCACCAACCAGUCUUACUACUUACCACUCAUACCAGCAACAAGAAGAAGAAGCACGAAAACAACAAACCGUCACCUACCACCACCACCACCACCACCUCUACUACUACUACUACUACUAUCUCCAGUAGUACAAUAACAAACCGCCCUGCCGUGUCGUUCGUGACAGACACAAACACACGCACGCACACACACACGGAUCCCUACCGACACCGUCUCCGUCUCCGCCAUAAAACCCCCACUAAAACAGGUACCCCACCAUCAGCUUAACCAACUCGGCCGUCGACACUUCAACGAUGCGGCUCUUUAACGCUACCAAAGCGAACUGUUCUUCUGCCAGAUACUCCUCCUGUGCCAAUUCUGCGGACAAACGGUGUCAAAAACACGGCAAGAUGAAGCAAAACUACUUUCGUCUUUUUGCCAUUGUGUUUGCGACAUUGAUGUUCAUUCUCUCAGUAAUCAUCGCAACAUUAGCUGGGAAUCCAAAGAUUCAUUGCGGACUUUUUAACCAAACAAUUGCAGAUGUCUCAAGAAAAUACUCCUCCAGCAUUACGCCUGCCUCUCAGACUUUCUUCAUUUGGUCCAUAAUUUACCUGUGGCAAGUGGUAUGGCUGCUCUACGGAAUGUCUUUGAUCUGUCGAAGUCGUUCUAACCACUACCUUUAUGUCUUCCCACCAAUCUUAUCAACAACCUUCUACAUUGCUUUCGCUGUCAACAACAUAUUCACAAUUGCCUGGACUUUUGUUUGGAUUCAUGAGAUGUUACAAGUGGCCCUUGCCAUGCUUGCCGCUUCAGUCAUCUCCCUCUAUCUCUCCCUUUAUUGUUCCUUUAAAAACCUUUACAAGUUCCUCAACUUACUUUACAAAGAAGAUCUUGGCACUGAUGUCUGGUUGAUGCGUAUCCUGGUCCAGAAUGGAUUGUCUUUCUAUGCAACUUGGAGUACUUUUGCUACACUGCUCAACUUUGCCAUUGUACUCUCUAACAGUGGUGGCAUCAAUAAAAAUAUGGCCGGCACAAUUUCACUUGGAAUUGCGGCUCUCCUCAUGCUUCUGUGGUUCAUGCUUGAUUGCAUAAUUCUUGACAAAUAUGUCCGCUAUACAUUCACACCGUACGUUGUGCUGAUCGUAGCCUUCACAGGAAUAAUGGUGCAGCACUUUGACUUGUCUCUCCAUCCAAGGAAUUCCAUCUUGACCUGUGUUCUGCUUGUCCUGUCGGCUCUGAUGCUUCUCUGUAAGUUUUUCACAGUCACAUGGCUACACUCGCACCAACCCAUUAUCAUAAAAGCACCGAUAUAUGCCCUGCCGACAACUCAUGACAUGAAUUGAUAAUCUCUGAAGCAGCCGGAAAAAGACAAACAAUUUUGACAAAUUUGUGGUACUUACUCAAUUAGCUUCCUAUAUAUAUAUAUAUAUAUAUAUAUAUAUAUAUAUAUAUAUAUACACAUACACACACACACACACACAUACAUACAUACAUAUAUACAUGCACACACAUGUACACAAGUUUAUUUUUGUUAUGGGUGAGUUUAAGGUAUGUAAAUAUUGUUGUUAAUAUUCUUGUUGAUGUCAUCCUUCUAACCAUUUAUUGACAAAUUAUCUUGCCUAUAUUCUUCUCCCUGUCUCUUUCUUUCUCUCCCAUAUAUAUAAAUAUAUAUAUACAUAUACAUAUAUAAUGAUAUCUCACUUUGUUGCUAUUCGUUUCACACAGCACAAGAAACUCUGAAUACCAACAAUGUGAAUUAUCUGCUUCAUAGGAAUAAACUCUCAUACACGUAUUGUGUAUUUCUUCUCUCGUUUUUGCAUUAAAGUGUGUGUGUGUGUGUGUGUGUGUGUGUGUGUGUGUGUGUGUGUGAUACAUAUUUGAGUCAUCUUGGCUUUUGGAAUAAACUUUGUUUUAUGGUUUGUAAAUUUGCUUUCGAAAUUUUGUUAAACAAGUUCAGCCUCUGAUUUUCUCUGUGUGUGUGUGUGUGUGUGUGUGUGUGUGUGUGUGUGUGUGUGUGUGUGUGUGUGUGUGUGUGUGUGUGUGAAUGUUUGUAUAAUUGUGGUGGUAGAUGAAGCCUUGUUUGUGUUGUGCUUUCUAUUUGAACCUGGUGAGGCAAAUUCUUUUGUGGGUGUGUGAAGUGGGAUGUUGGGCUUAUUGCAAAGUUGACGGAAGCAACGUUAAUCUUCACUGUAUCUAGUUGCGUGUUUCUAAUCCUAGAUUAACUUUCAAAGAAAAAGAAAUUUCGUAAUUUUUCUAUAUUUGGACAAUUAUAUUUUGGAUUUUAUUCCACCCUUUGCGUGUGUGUGUGUGUGUGUGUGUGUGUUGGCAAGGCAUUUAAGUUUAAUUGCACUUAGCUUUAUUACUGAUAUUUUUCUAUGAAUCUGAUUUUGAUAGAUUUUAACUUCUAUUUCUAGCUGGUCAAGUGACCACAUAGAGGCUCCAUCAUUGGCUUGUGACUAGAAUUGUUCUGUACCGGUGGAGGUGGUAAUGAAUAUUUUUGUUGUAUCUAUUGUCAUUUAACCCCAGGCCAGAUCUAACUGAACAGACACAUGAUCAGUCAUUCCAACCAUGGCCAUCCUUUACUUUUUAUCUAGCAUUAAAUGUCUUGGACUAUUUUUGUUUCUUUGUUGUUUUUGUAGGAUGGUUUUGGUAUAAUUUGAGGGAGGUUUGGCUGCUACUUUGAGGAAUCUAUUCAAUGGCUCAUAUACUUCUAGAUACAAUUUACAUAUAUUUGUUACAAAGUGAAUCUUGUUACAGUGUGAUACAAAGGGAAUUUUGUUACAGUCUGUUACAAAAUGAAUGUUUUUAAGGUUUGUUACAAUGUAUUAUAGGGUGAGUCUUGUUACAAUCUGUUUCAAGGUGAGUUUUGUUACGAUGUGUGUUACAUGGUGAAUAUCUGUAUCUUUCACAGGGUGAAUCUGGUUCCAAUGUAUUUCAAGGCAAUUCUUUUCUAUAUUAGAGUGAAUCUUGUUACAAUGUGUUACAUGGUGAAUCUCUUUAUAAGUACCAGUUGCAUACUGGGGAGAGCUGGUUCUAUUAACUCUCACUUUCCUCUCUGUAGAAAUGUUUAUUGUUGAGUGAAAACAAACGAUUUGUGCGGAACGUUUUGUUUUUGAAAGUGUUUUACUGGGUUUGUUGAAUUUGUGGCUGACUUUUGUUUGCAUAAAACCUCUCUGGUCGGUCAUGGUUAGCUUGACCUCACAACUAAGCUAAUCUGUGUUAGCAUAAUGCAGCCAGCCUGAUGUAACAGUGUAAAUUAUAUUAAUGACUCAACAAUGCUUUCUUGAUUAAAUCACCAUGUCAACAAACGUGACUGAAAAUGAGUGUUAAAUAUGAUAUUAUUAUUAUUAUUAUUACAACAUUCCCUGUACGGAAUUAAGUUUCAACAUUGCUUUUUGAUGAUGAAUUUUUAAGAAUCGUGCUGUAGUGGUGCAUGCAUGAGUGGAUGUUUCAGUGCACAUGUCCAACUUUCAACAUCUUGCAUUCCUUGAAAACAUUUCUCAGAGCAAAAGAUUGAAGAUAGUUUUAACUUUGUACCAAAUUCAGAUUUGGCUAAACCUCUAAGCUUUUAGUUGAUACUAAGAAACUUCAUUGUGGUAAGCAACAUUUUGUUUGGGACUUCUCCCUUCCCUGCAGUGAAGGGUGGGGGUGAGACAUGAACUCAAUACUUAAAUCUGGUCUAGACAGAGAAGACUCCAAGUAAGAUCAAAUAUAAGCAGAACAUGACAAGCAACAAAGCCUCCAAAAUCUUGAUUAAAAUGCGAAUUAUGCAUACGAUUAAGGGGGAAAUAUCAUUAGCAGAAAGACUAAUAUUAAUUUAAUCUGAUCUUUGGUCAGUACAGCGUCAGUUCUCCAGACAUGUUUCGGCUUGCUUGUCAGUCUGCUCUGGCUACAAGAACAAAAGCUAGGUUGCUUCUCUUUCUCUAAUCCUUGAACAAAAUCUGUUUGCUUGUCAGAUUGUUAGAAACAAUGGAGAAGCUAUAUUUCUGUCUUUGGUACCAGAUCAUAGUGCCGUAGUUUGGUUAUCUCUGAGUGUGCUUAUGGUAAGGUUUUUCCUUUACAAACAAAUAUAUAUAAUAUAUAUAUAUAUAUAUAUAUAAAAGACAUCAGUAUCUAAAUUCUGAAAUGAAUACCAAAAUUUUCCUUCAAUCUUUUUUUUUUUUUAUUUCUUUUGAGUUGAAUUGUUAAAAUUUCUAUUCCAGUUUUAGUAAAACAAAAUUCAAAUAAUAAUUGGUUUAUAUCCAUGACCAUUCUCAGACCGUCUACCAUACACACCUCUGUCUUCCUCUUCAACAGCGUACAAGAUUACACGCACAUUCAUUCAGGACCAAUUCUAUUGGCACUAAAAGCAAUGUCUUCAUUGCAGGAAAAAAGCUUUAUUGAUUUUGGUAUUUGUGGAUUUUUUUUUUUUUAAGGUUUGUUUCUUUGGUAAGAUUUCUGAGAAUCUGUUAAAACCGAUAUUGGUGCUUCUUGAUAGUCUCCCCAACCCCUUUCUUUCACCAUUCAAAGACACACGUGCACUGUUAGUGACUUCUUUACUCCAGUAAUAUUUCUUUAAAUAGUUGUUUGGUUGAAUGAAUGAAGAGCCUUCUUCAGACAUCUCAAACUUGGUCGUUUAUAUUUUACAAAGAUAGUCUUUGAUAAAUUUUACAAUUUAAACAUAAACAAAUAAAUAAUAAACUAGCUUGUGUUUUAAACAGCCAGACUAAAUGAAUACAGAUGAAACAAUAAUUUCUUAAUUGAAAAAAUAUGAUUUAAGAUGUGAAGAGUGGUGAGGUAAUAUUUUUUGUAAAAAAAGAAACCUGCUUCUUUUGGUAUAUAAAAAGUUAUAUUUUUCCAUAAAAGUAAAUAAAAUGAUGAAAAACUUACAAA